AUGGCAUGUUUUUCUGCAGAAGUUCCUCAGCUGUGCUUAAGUAAUCGGGGUGAUUUGGUUCUAAAAAGGUUGAAAAUCUCUUUCAUAUGCAGUAUUAUUUUCUAUUUCUUUUUUUACUUAUUUUCUCUAUUUUGUUUCUUUCAGCAUCGUUGUGUUGCUAUUUUCAAAGAUAAGAAAGGCUCUGGAGCUCCAGCUGGCUUUGCACUUGGAAGUGUUGAGGGAAGAGUUGCCAUUCAGUACAUAGUUGCAGCCUCACCACGUGACAACUUUACUUUCAAGUGCCAUAGGUCGAAUGGGACCUCAAAUGGAUUCCAAGACAUAUAUGCUGUGAAUGAUAUUAAGUUUCACCCAGUUCAUGGAACUCUUGCAACGGUUGGAUCAGAUGGCAGGUUCAGUUUUUGGGACAAAGAUGCAAGGACAAAGUUGAAAAACUCUGAAGCAAUGGAACAGCCAAUAUCAUCUUGUGCUUUCAAUCAUAAUGGACAGAUAUUUGCAUAUGCUGUUUCAUAUGAUUGGUCAAAGGGUCACGAGUUUUUCAACCCACAGAAGAAAAAUUACAUAUUCCUCAGGUCUUGUUAUGAUGACCUAAAGCCAAGAAACCGCUGAUUCGUAUCAUAUGGAUGUUAAAAAAAAAAAAAAAACAGAAAGAAGGAUACUGCAUUAGAAAAGAAAUGUUCUUGAUGAAAAUUAAGAACCAUAUUUAUGUAGAGAUAUGCAAGAAGAGUUCAGAAAAUUAGUCAUACAAAAGAACCUGGUACUCUUGAAAAAAUAACAAAAAAUACUAUUUGUAGAUCUUUGAUAAGAUUUUAAAUAUUUUCACAAAGGAUAAUAAACUGUGUAAAGAGAAGGUAUGAAGAACAAUGAAAAUUUGUGUUAUCUCUAAAAGAAACAUUGAUCCUAGAGUCAGUGUUCAAGAUUUUAUGAAAUACCUACAUGAAGAUUUUUAACUUUAUAUUCCACUUUUACAAGAAAAAAUCAGUAUAUGUAGUCCUGCUUUGUGAAGGAUAAACACUAAUGUAUAUUGUUUAUUUUUACAUGCACUUUGUCAUUGCAUUGUAUUUGAGUUUUCUGUUCCAAAUUAGUUAUCUGUUUGCUGUUCCAUGAUCAUUUCAUUGUACUAGGUUGUAUGAUAUAAAAAAAAAACAUAGAUGUGUCAGUAAUGCAGUUAUUUUAUUCAACUUUUAAUGUGAUACCUAUAUUUUAGCAUUUGUAUUGGACUUCGUGAAUAACCAGUUCCACAUAAGAACACAAAUGAGACUUCCAUAUUUGACAAUUUAUUUAUUUUUUUAUUAUUUUUAGUACCUUAUGAAGAACAGAUACAAUUCACUUGUCUUGACCAAUGUAUGCAUAAAAGUAAAGUUGUACAUCUACUGUUAGUCUUUGAUGGCUCUGUCAUUAUUUGUUCUUGGUUUUUGUUUGGGCAAAAAUAAUUUCAUUUUUUUCUGAUUUUUUUUUUAUUAUCUUUGUAAUAAAAGUUGUUUUUGGUUCUUGAGACUCCUUAUGGAAGUUUUUGUACAAAUUAAACUUCUUUAAUAAAAGUCUGCAUGAUAAGA